AUGUUAUUCUUGUUCGCCGCGGAAGGUCGAAAUGAAGUAUGGCGCUCCUUCAGAGAAGAUUGCAGCAAGGAAAGGCCGGUCAGCCAAGAAGACCGGGACCGGUUCAAAGUCUAUCAUGGCACUAUAGCACGCGACGCCCAUGGCUGCAAUAUAAGCUUUGAGUUACCUUUAACCUGUAAAAUAAAGCAACGCACCACCCACAAACUUCUACCUAAGUUGUCCAGUUCCCUUCGACUAACCAACUACAACAAACAAUUUUCUCGUAUAAAACAGUAUACAGUACGUGCAAAUGUCAAUACGGUAGUCGACUACCUAGUUAAAUCUGUUUUGAUUAGACUUGUCUUUACUAAAAGUAACAGCGCAGCGGUCGAAAUGAAGUAUGGCGCUCCUUCGAAGAAGAUUGCAGCAAGGAAAGGGCGGUUAGCCAGGAAGAUUGGCACCUCAAACUCAAUAAAGGCCGAACAGAACGCGACGACCAUGGCUGGAAUACAAGGCGUGUCAUGUAAUGCCAUAAAUUCAGCUGCAGUUGAGCCAUAA